AGACUCGGUCACGUGACUUACAGACUUUCAGUCAUUAUUUAGAAGACGUUUGAGUGCGCUGAUUGGAAAAAUGAGAGUUAAACUUUUAGCACUAGCGUUCGUUUGCCUUGUUAAAGAAACGGGAGCCGAGGAUGACUUGAAAACCAGAGUCGCCAUCCUAGAACAGGCCGUAGCCUCGCUCUUGGAUAAUGAUGCGCUGAGGUUGCAAACAAUCCGUAGUCAAGAAUACGCUCUUAAUACUCAGCAACUUAUGUUGACACAUCAAGCGAAAACAAUCGAGCAACUGAAGGAAACAAUUAAUGUUCAGGCAAAAACAAUUAAGAAAUUUCAGGCCCGCCUGGACAAUCCCGUCAGCAUAGCUGAGACGAAUUUUCCCAGCAAUUCUACAGGAAUUCACGACUACAUUAAGCAGAUUGUCCAAGGUAAACCCGUUGAACGAAGAACCGCACUGGUCAUGGAAAGUCCGAUUGCUUUCACAGCCGUCAAAACGAUACCUCAAAGUUCUAUUGGGAUCAACCAAAACAUCAAAUUUGAUAAAGUUAUUCUGAAUGAUGGCGGUGGUUUCCACGUACAGCACGGAAUUUUCAUUGCCCCUGUCAGCGGCUACUACCUAUUCUCUACGUCCAUAGCCCAUGAUGAUACACCUCUGUCUCUUCAUGCAGGUAUCAUGCACAACGGCAAUAUUAUCGCUAUCGCUCAAUCGACGCAUAACAUUUUUGACAAAGGAGCGCAAACUGUUGUUCUAAAAGUCUCUUCCGGGGACGAGAUUUGGAUACAAAAUCUAGAUUAUGAACAUGCUUCGGUUUAUGGUGAAUCAUAUUCUACUUUUACCGGUGUCCUGCUUUAUCAACUUUAACUGAAUGUAUCCAUCAAUGUACCUAACAUAUAUUGUGCAGUUCAUGCGUGUAAAAUUUGGUCUGAAUAUUGACAAAACCAAAUUUGUGCAGUGCUUGACAAAAAUCACAAAAUAUACUUAACAACUAUU